AUGGGGUCCUCGCAGAGCGUCGAGAUCCCUGGCGGGGGCACGGAAGGCUACCACGUCCUGCGGGUACAAGAAAAUUCCCCAGGACAUAGAGCUGGACUGGAGCCAUUCUUUGAUUUUAUUGUUUCCAUUAAUGGUUCGAGAUUAAAUAAAGACAAUGACACUCUUAAGGAUCUACUGAAAGCAAAUGUUGAAAAACCUGUAAAAAUGCUUAUCUACAGUAGUAAAACACUGGAGCUUCGAGAGACCUCUGUCACACCAAGUAACAUGUGGGGUGGCCAGGGCUUGUUGGGAGUGAGCAUUCGUUUCUGCAGCUUUGAUGGGGCAAAUGAAAACGUUUGGCAUGUAUUGGAAGUAGAAUCAAAUUCUCCUGCAGCACUGGCAGGUCUUAGACCUCACAGUGAUUAUAUCAUUGGAGCAGAUACAGUCAUGAAUGAGUCUGAAGAUCUGUUCAGCCUUAUUGAAACACAUGAAGCAAAACCAUUGAAACUUUAUGUGUAUAAUACAGACACUGAUAACUGUCGAGAAGUGAUUAUUACACCAAAUUCCGCAUGGGGUGGAGAAGGCAGCCUAGGAUGUGGCAUUGGAUAUGGUUAUUUGCAUCGAAUACCAACACGCCCAUUUGAAGAAGGGAAGAAAAUUUCUCUUCCUGGACAGAUGACUGGUACACCUAUUACUCCUCUUAAAGAUGGAUUUACAGAGGUCCAGCUGUCCUCAGUUAAUCCUCCAUCUUUGUCACCACCAGGAACUACAGAAAUUGAACAGGGACUGUCUGGACUUUCUAUUAGCUCAACUCCACCAGCUGUCAGUAAUGUUCUCAGUACAGGUGUACCAACAGUACCAUUAUUGCCACCACAAGUAAGCCAGUCCCUCACUUCUGUGCCACCAAUGAAUCCAGCUACUACAUUACCAGGUCUGAUGCCUUUACCAGCAGGACUACCUAACCUGCCCACCCUCCCCAACCUCAACCUCCCUACACCGCACGUCAUGCCAGGCGUCAGCUUACCAGAACUGGUGAACGCGGGUUUGCCACCUCUUCCUUCCUUGCCUCCCCGAAACUUACCUGGCAUUGCACCUCUCCCCAUGCCAUCCGAGUUCCUCCCGUCAUUCCCUUUGGUUCCAGAGGUGUCUUCUGCAGCGAGCUCAGGGGAGCUGUUACCCUCCCUCGCACCCACCGGGAGCCCACCCUCUGACCCUGUCACGACCACUGCAAAGGCAGACGCUGCCUCCGCACCCACCGCGGAUGUGACGCCCCCCACUCCCAAGGCCCCCACCACUGUUGAGGACAGAGUCUGCGAAUCCAGCCCAGCCGGCGAGAAGCCUGCUUCUGCAGUUACGGAUGCAAGUGCCUCCGAGUCACCUUAA